AUGGCCGGUGUCUCUGUGUUGGACAUGGAGACGCCUUCAUGCCCUCCGGUCCCUGUGCACCAGAACGGGACUGCUCCCCGGGAGCCUCGGGGGUCCAGGCCAGUCACUGCCCCGGUGCUGCGUGUCCACCUCUACCACAGCAGCCUGGCUGGGGUAGACUCCACCCCCCUCAGCUACCCACCGGGGGACUAUGUAGUCGAGCAACUGUGUGUCAAUGCAGCCAAGGAGUGCAGUGAGUACCAGUCACAUUUUUUCAAAACAGCAUGAGAAGGGUCAUGAGUUUGUCCUGACUUAGUGACCUGGCCAAGAAGAACUCUGGACCCUAGUUAUAGACUUGUAACUUUAAUAACUUAAAAACAAUAGUUUUUCCUGGUUAGAUCUUGUGGGUUUGGCAUGAGGUGUCCUUUCUGCACCAAAAUGCAUCGUUGCAUUUCCUAUGAAAAGGGAUAGAGGGAAUUGGGUUUGAAUGGUAUUUUGGUACAGUAUUUUAUUAGGAUCCCCAUUAGCUGCUGCUAAAGCAGUAGCUGACAUGCUCAUUGAGUUAAUGUACUCCGUACUAGCUCAGACAUAGGGGACUAAACACAGAGGUUAUGGUCUGGGUUGAUUGCAAAAAUAAACUCUAUUCAACACUUUGUUCCAGCCUGUCUACCUUUAUGUACUGUUGCCAAGGACACGUAAAAGUAUAAUAACUAAGGUCGAGUGAGUUCUGACAUAAGCUGCACUCCCAAUGGUCAAUAAAAAUCUCAGAGAGGAGAAACUAAACCUGCAUGUUUUUAAAUGCCCACAAGGGAUUUAUUGACAAGCAAAACAUGAGGGACAUUUUAAAGGACAAUUCGACCACUUUUCAACCUCAUUUUCAGUGUGCUGGAGAUAAGUGUCUACAUACAGUAUAUUAAAACUGCGCAUUUCUACGUAAAAAACAACAACAUUUAAUCCUACCCUGGGAUGUCACAGAGAAGCAUAUUUUGAAGACCUUUCUUCUUAUCUUUUUAACCACAGAUCAUAGAAACAUGGCAUUUUCACAUAUGUAGACACUGGUUUGGUGCAGGAGAUAAUGAAUAUGAGGUAGAAACAUUGCAGAAUUGGCCUUUAAGCAAACGGCAACGGGUACUUACAGCUCAAAUACAAUGGCUCAAAUACAGGUCUUGUGUUUCAUGACCUUUUGGUGAACCUGUAGGUAGAACAUUUUAUUAUCUUGACAUUCAAAUCACUUUUCAGGCUUUUUAGUAAGACUCAAGACACAGUGCAUUAUCUGGUCUGCUAAAGUUGAUGAUAAAUACAAUAUUUUUGUGUGGUUGUGACAUUAAUCAUGUUUUCUUCCACAGUUUUUAUGCGAGUAAAGUCAUACCUUAAGUUUAAAAAAAAUCACGACAGCUGUGAUGAAAACAGGACGUUUCGGGUACAAUUAUAUAAAUGCAGACAGAUCAUUUGUUCGUUCGACAUGGUCAGAUCUUUUUGUGUCGGUGAAAUUAAUUAUGCGAGAAAUGGCGGUGGAAACCAUCAUAAUAACCAUCAUAUCAAAGUAAGCUUGGAGUCACGCGAUGACAUGUUGUGUAGUCCUCCCACUACGUCUCGGGAUUGGAAACCAUGCAGUUUAUUAGGCUAUAUAAAUUAUGAUUAACUUCACAGGGUGUUGAAAGUUCACGGUGAUGAGCGUGACGCUCCUUUCCAAUAAAUAUCAAGUGUCUUAUUCUGGUGACAUGAUGAUCGAUGCUUGACUGCCGUUUGACAAAUAAAAUAUUGUCACUUUUAUCCAUAAUAAUCUCAUCAUGUAGACUAGCCUACCCAGUACCUGCACAGCCUACCCGCGCUGUGUCUGCGAGCUGUUUGCUGGAGCACACGUGCCAAGACCAGAGUAGGCACAUUUGCUAUUUAAUGUAACUGUUUUUGUGACUAAACAAUGGGUAGAGUUGAAAAUGCGAUGGAAACACAUUGAACGUUAGAUUUUUAUUUGGUACUUGAAAACAAAAGCAAAAAAUUAAAUUUUGUGUGCACUACGUCAUCACCAAUGUUCCCUCUAAACUGCGCACGCACCCCGAGACUGCCCGCGCAGAAAUAUUAACCCACAGAUAGAAGCACGUGAUUGAACUUCACUGAACUUUCUAGAGCAGUGGUCACCAACCGGUCGAUUGCAAUCGCCUGGUUGAUCUCCAAUGCAUUCCUAGUCAAUCGCCAAACAUUUCUGUAAAAAACCCAACGAUAAAGCCUUGUGUUCCUAUUUUUUAUUUAUUAUUCUCGGGCUGUUGGGGAGUCUCCCACAUGCCUUUUGGCGAAUACCAAACGUGUUUGCUUAUUUUUUUCUUUAAGCAAUGGCUUUUGUUGGCCACUCUUCCGUAAAGCCCAGCUCUGUGGCGUGUAGGCUUAAAGUGGUCCUAUGGACAGAUACUCCAAUCUCUGCUGUAGAGCUUUGCAGCUCCUUCAGGGUUAUCUUUGGUCUCUUUGUUGCCUCUCUGAUUAAUGCCCUCCUUGCCUGGUCUGUGAGUUUUGGUGGGCAGUCCUCUCUUGGCAGGUUUGUUGUGGUGCCAUAUUCUUUCCAUGUUUUAAUAAUGGAUUUAAUGGUGCUCCGUAGGAUGUUCAACGUUUUGGAUAUUUUUUUAUAACCCAACCCUGAUCUGUACUUCUCCACAACUUUGUCCCUGACCUGUUUGGAGCGCUCCUUGGUCUUCAUAGUGCCGCUUGCUUGGUGGUGCCCCUUGCUUAGUGGUGUUGCAGACUCUGGGGCCUUUCAGAACAGGUGUAUAUAUACUGAGAUCAUAUGACAGAUCAUGUGACACUUAGAUUGCACACAGGUGGACUUUAUUUAACUAAUUAUGUGACUUCUGAAGGUAAUUGGUUGCACCAGAUCUUAUUUAGGGGCUUCAUAGCAAAGGAGGUGAAUACAUAUGCGCGCACCACUUUUCCAUUAUUUAUUUUUUUGAAUUAUUUGAAACAAGUUAUUUUUUAAUUUCACUUCACCAAUUUUGACUAUUUAGUGUAUGUCCAUUACAUGAAAUCCAAAUAAAAAUCUAUUUAAAUUACUGGUUGUAAUGCAACAAAAUAGGAAAAAACACCAAGGGGGGAUGAAUACUUUUGCAAGGCACUGUAUGUAAGACAGUUCUGCAGUGAACGCUAUCUCAUGCUGUAUCCCCUGUCUCCACUCUGCUUUAGGUGUGUCGCCUCUGUACUGCAGCUUGUUUGGGCUCUUCAGAGAGAGUGACGGCAUGUGGUUCUCCCCGAACCAUGUCUUCCAGCUAGAUGAAUCUGCCAAUGAGGAUGUGGUCUUCAGAAUAAGGUAUGUGCAGUGUUUUCUGUGCUCAUGAUUUCUUCAUUCUUGUUUGCUAGAUCUCACUCUCUCUAAUUAUACACUAUUCAUUCUCUCUCUCGCUCUCUCUCUCUCUCUCUCUCUCUCUCUCUCUCUCUCUCUCUCUCUCUCUCUCUCUCUCUCUCUCUCUCUCUCUCUCUCUCUCUCUCUCUCUCUCUCUCUCUCUCUCUCUCUCUCUCUCUCUCUCUCUCUCAGGUACUAUUUCCCUGGCUGGUACAGCAGUGGGGCUUCGAGGGCAUAUCGGUAUGGAGUCACCAAGGGCUCAGAGAGUCCUGUCCUUGAUGACUUUGUCAUGGCAUACCUCUUUGCCCAGGUAAGAGUCAGUCUGUAACAUGCGGAACCUAGCAAACUAGAAAAUUGUCUCACUCUUCACUGUGAUGAUGUUUAUCCAUUGCUGCACAUGUGGCCUUCUUCCUUCAACAAUGCUGUGAAAAAGCAAAGGCGGUUGAUUGGCUGACAUUUACUGUAGCCAAGCUGUCUCUGAGAUAAGAAAAUUGACUAGCUAUAUCCUUGAGGAACUGUCAGUAUCGCUGUCAGACUGUUGUACUAUAUGUAUGUACAGUGCAUUCGGAAAGUAUUCAGAUCCCUUCAGUUUUUCCACAUUUUGUUACGUUACAGCCUUAUUCUAAAAUGAAUUACAUAUUUUUUUCCCCUCACCAGUCUACACAGAAUACCCCAUAAUGACAAAGUGAAAACAGGAUUUUAGAAAUGAUUGCCAAUUUAUUAAAAAUAAAAAACAGAAAUAGCUUAUUUACAUAAGUAUUCAGACCCUUUGCUAUGAGACUCGAAAUUGAGCUCAGGUGCAUUCUGUUUCCAUUGAUCAUCCUUUAGAUGUUUCUACAACUUGAUUGGAGUCCAACUGUGGUAAAUUCAAUUGAUUGGACAUGAUUUGGAAAGGCACACACCUUUUUUUCUAUAUAAGGUCCCACAGUUGACAGUGCAUGUCAGAGCAAAAACCAAGCCAUGAGGUCGAAGGAAUUGUCCGUAGAGCUCAGAGACAGGAUUGUGUCGAAGGCACAGAUCUGGGGAAGGGUACCAAAAAAUGUCUGCAGCAUUGAAGGUCCCCAAGCGCACAGUGGCCUCUAUCAUUCUUAAAUGGAAGAAGUUUGGAACCAUCAAGACUCUUCCUAGAGCUGGCUGCCCGGCCAAACUGAGCAAUCGGGGUAGAAGGGCCUUGAUCAGGGAAGUGGGAUGGUCACUCUGUCAGAGUUCCUCUGAGGAGAUGGGAGAACCUUCCAGAAGGACAACCAUCUCUGCAGCACUCCACCAAUCAGGCCUUUAUGGUAGAAUGGCCAAACGGAAGCCACUCCUCAGUAAAAGGCACAUGACAGCCCGCUUGGAGUUUUCCAAAAGGCGCCUAAAGGACUCUCAGGGUCUGAAUACUUAUGUAAAUGUAAUAUUUAUAUAUAUAUAUAUAUAUAUAUAUAUAUAUAUAUACAUUUGCAAAAAUGUAUAUAAACCUGUUUUUGCUUUGGUAUUGUGUGUAGAUUGAUGAAGGGGAAAAAAAAUAUUUUAAUCCAUUUUAGAAUAAGGCUGUAACGUAACAAAAUGUGGAAAAAGUCAAGGGGGUCUGAAUACUUUCCAAAUGCACUAUAUGUAUCGAGUCAUCAGCCAUGGAAUGUGAGCUCCUUCCAACUGCGUUGAUAAGGGCCCCCUAUUAGGGAAGUUGCAUGAUAAAUGAAGAAUUUUAACACCCGCCUGACAGUGCUGAUGGGCGAUGCAUGUUUUGCCAUCAAUAUUUUUGUUUGGGAUGUUUACAGUUGAAUGACGUCUACAGGGUAUGGUUUAGCGCUGAUUCAAACAUAUCUUUAUUACGGAAGUAGAGAGGGAGAAUCUUUUAAUCGCUGAUGACACAGAUUUACUGUAAUGUACAGUGGCUUGCGAAAGUAUUCAUUUUUGGCAUUUUUCCUAUUUUGUGGUUUGUAUCAUUUGAUUUACACAACAUGCCUACCACUUUGAAGAUGCAAAAUAUUUUUUUGGGUGAAACAAACAACAAAUAAGACACAAAAACAGAACUUGAGCGUGCAUAACUAUUCACCCCCCCCCCCCCCCCCAAAGUCAAUAGCCACCUUUUGCAGCAAUUACAGCUGAAAGUCUCUUGGAGUAUGUCUCUAUAAGCUUGGCACAUCUAGCAACUGGGAUAUUUGCCCCACAGCAUGAUGCUGCCACCACCAUGCUUCACUGUGGGGAUGGUGUUCUCGGGGUGAUGAGAGGUGUUGGAUUUGUGCCAGACAUAGCGUUUUCCUUGAUGGCCCAAAAGCUCAAUUUUAGUCUAAUCUGACCAGAGUACGUUCUUCCAUAUAUUUGGGGAGUCUCCCACAUGCCUUUUGGCGAACACCAAACGUGUUUGCUUAUUUUUUUCUUUAAGCAAUGGCUUUUUUUUGGCCACUCUUCCGUAAAGCCCAGCUCUGUGGCGUGUACAGCUUAAAGUGGUCCUAUGGACAGAUCCUCCAUUAUCCGCUGUGGAGCUUUGCAGCUCCUUCAGGGUUAUCUUUGGUCUGUUUGUUGCUUCUCUGAUGAAUGCCCUCCUUGCCUGGUCUGUGAGUUUUGGUGGGCGUCCCUCUCUUGGCAGGUUUGUUGUGGUGCCAUAUUCUUUCCAGUUUUUAAUAAUGGAUUUAAUGGUGCUCUGUGGAAUGUUCAAAGAUUCUGAUAUUUAUUUAUAACCCAACCCUGAUCUGUACUUCUCCACAACCUUGUCCCUGACCUGUUUUGAGAGCUCCUUGGUCUUCAUAGUGCAGCUUGCUUGGUGGUGCCCUUGCUUAGUGGUGUUGCAGACUCUGGGGCCUUUCAGAACAGGUGUAUAUACAGUUGAUGUUGGAAGUUUACAUAAACAGGUUGGAGUCAUUAAAACUAGUUUUUCAACCACUCCACACAUUUCUUGUUAACAAACUAUAGUUUUGGCAAGUCGGUUAGGACAUCUACUUUGUGCAUGACACAAGUACUUUUUCCAAAAAUUGUUUACAGACAGAUUAUUUCACUUAUAAUUCACUGUAUCACAAUUCCAGUGGGUCAGAAGUUUACAUACACUAAGUUGACUGUGCCUUUUAAACAGCUUGGAAAAUUCCAGAAAAUGGGUCAUGGCUUUAGAAGCUUCUGAUAGGCUAAUUGACAUAAUUUGAGUCAAUUGGAGGUGUACCUGUGGAUGUAUUUCAAGGCCUACCUUCAAACUCACUGCCUCUUUACUUGACAUCAUGGAAAAAUCAAAAGAAAUCAGCCAAUCAUGGAAAAAUCAAAAGAAAUCAGCCAAGCCAUCCUUGGGAGCAAUUUCCAAACGCCUGAAGUUACCACGUUCAUCUGUACAAACAAUAGUAAGCAAGUAUAAACACCAUGGGACCACGCAGCCGUCAUACCGCUCAGGAAGGAGAUGCGUUCUGUCUCCUAGAGAUGAACGUACUUUGGUGCGAAAAGUGCAAAUCAAUCCCAGAGCAACAGCAAAGGACCUUGUGAAGAUGCUGGAGGAUACAGGUACAAAAGUAUCUAUAUCCACAGUAAAACAAGUCCUAUAUCGACAUAACCUGAAAGGCCGUUCAACAAGGAAGAAGCCACUGCUCCAAAACCGCCAUAAAAAAGCCAGACUACGGUUUGCAACUGCACAUUGGGACAAAGAUCGUACUUUUUGGAGAAAUGUCCUCUGGUCUGAUAAAACAAAAAUAUAACAUAAUGACCAUCGUUAUGUUUGGAGGAAAAAGGGGGUAGCUUGCAAGCCGAAGAACACCAUCCCAACCGUGAAGCACAGGGGUGGCAACAUCAUGCUGUGGGGGUGCUUUGCUGCAGGGGGGACUUGUGCACUUCACAAAAUAGAUGGCAUCAUGAGGAAGGGAAAUUAUGUGGAUAUAUUGAAGCAACACCUCAAGACAUCAGUCAGGAAGUAAAAACUUGGUCGCAAAUGGGUCUUCCAAAUUGACAAUGACCCCAAGCAUACUUACAAAGUUGUGCCAAAAUGGCUUAAGGACAACAAAGUCAAGGUAUUGGAGUGGCCAUCACAAAGCCCUGACCUCAAUCCUAUAGAACAUUUGUGGGCAGAACUGAAAAAGCGUGUGCGAGCAAGGAGGCCUACAAACCUGACUCAGUUACACCAGCUCUGUCAGGAGGAAUGGGCCAAAAUUCACCCAACUUAUUGUGGGAAGCUUGUGGAAGGCUACCUGAAACGUUUGACCCAAGUUAAACAAUUUAUUUUCAUUUCACUUCACCAAUUUGGACAAUUUUGUGUAUGUCCAUUACAUGAAAUCCAAAUAAAAAUCAAUUUAAAUUACAGGUUGUAAUGCAACAAAAUAGGAAAAACGCCAAGGGGGAUGAAUACUUUUGCAAGGCACUGUAUAGCUCUGUCUUUUCUUAUUACAGACCAUUUAAAAAUGACCACAUACACUCAAAACAUUCAUUAUCUAUUAAGCCACAAUUUGAUAAAUCUUUUAUUUUUAAGAGGAUAUAACAUUGAGAUAAACCGACUAAAACCUUAAGUUUGCCAAGCUAAUUUUAGGUCGGGUCAAAUCAAAUUAGAUUGAAGAUUCUCCAAUGCAACUUCCCAUGUGCAUAGAUAGAAAAGAGGGGAGGUGAAUCCAGUUGAGUUGAGACUGCGAUAUGACUGGGGCUGAACUGUCAGGAUUAUAUGGGUUUAUACCCUGGAAAUCUGCUUCAGUGACACGGUGCUCUGGGGCCUAAUUUAUAACCGUUGGGUAAAUGUAACACUAAUUAUCUGCGUGCGGCAUUUCUAAAAAGACUGCGCACGCACAAAAAUAUUGAGGUUUAUAAAAUUGCCACACACCAUACACACGCAUGUUUCCCGCUAUAAAUUACCCCUAUCAAAAAACUGUGCGUGCGUGAAGGAGCAUUAUACAGUGGGGAAAAAAAGUAUUUAGUCAGCCACCAAUUGUGCAAGUUCUCCCACUUAAAAAGAUGAGAGAGGCCUGUAAUUUUCAUCAUAGGUACAAGUCAACUAUGACAGACAAAAUGAGAAUUUAUUUUCCAGAAAAUCACAUUGUAGGAUUUUUUUAUGAAUUUAUUUGCAAAUGAUGGUGGAAAAUAAGUAUUUGGUCAAUAACAAUAAUUACUCAAUACUUUGUUAUAUACCCUUUGUUGGCAAUGACACAGGUCAAACGUUUUCUGUAAGUCUUCACAAGGUUUUCACACACUGUUGCUGGUAUUUUGGCCCAUUCCUCCAUGCAGAUCUCCUCUAGAGCAGUGAUGUUUUGGGGCUAUCGCUGGGCAACACGGACUUUCAACUCCCUCCAAAGAUUUUCUAUGGGGUUGAGAUCUGGAGACUGGCUAGGCCACUCCAGGACCUUGAAAUGCUUCUUACGAAGCCACUCCUUCGUUGCCCGGGCAGUGUGUUUGGGAUCAUUGUCAUGCUGAAAGACCCAGCCACGUUUCAUCUUCAAUGCCCUUGCUGAUGGAAGGAGGUUUUCACUCAAAAUCUCACGAUACAUGGCCCCAUUCAUUCUUUCCUUUACACGGAUCAGUCGUCCUGGUCCCUUUGCAGAAAAACAGCCCCAAAGCAUGAUGUUUCCACCCCCAUGCUUCACAGUAGGUAUGGUGUUCUUUGGAUGCAACUCAGCAUUCUUUGUCCUCCAAACACGACGAGUUGAGUUUUUACCAAAAAGUUCUAUUUUGGUUUCAUCUGACCAUAUGACAUUCUCCCAAUCCUCUUCUGGAUCAUCCAAAUGCACUCUAGCAAUCUUCAGAUGGGCCUGGACAUGUACUUGCUUAAGCAGGGGGACACGUCUGGCACUGCAGGAUUUGAGUCCCUGGCGGCGUAGUGUGUUACUGAUGGUAGGCUUUGUUACUUUGGUCCCAGCUCUCUGCAGGUCAUUCACUAGGUCCCCCCGUGUGGUUCUGGGAUUUUUGCUCACCGUUCUUGUGAUCAUUUUGACCCCACGGGGUGAGAUCUUGCGUGGAGCCCCAGAUCGAGGGAGAUUAUCAGUGGUUCUUGUAUGUCUUCCAUUUCCUAAUAAUUGCUCCCACAGUUGAUUUCUUCAAACCAAGCUGCUUACCUAUUGCAGAUUCAGUCUUCCCAGCCUGGUGCAGGUCUACAAUUUUGUUUCUGGUGUCCUUUGACAGCUCUUUGGUCUUGGCCAUAGUGGAGUUUGGAGUGUGACUGUUUGAGGUUGUGGACAGGUGUCUUUUAUACUGAUAACAAGUUCAAACAGGUGCCAUUAAUACAGGUAACAAGUGGAGGACAGAGGAGCCUCUUAAAGAAGUUACAGGUCUGUGAGAGCCAGAAAUCUUGCUUGUUUGUAGGUGACCAAAUACUUAUUUUCCACCAUAAUUUGCAAAUAAAUUCAUUAAAAAUCCUACAAUGUGAUUUUCUGGAGAAAAAAAUUCUCAAUUUGUCUGUCAUAGUUGACGUGUACCUAUGAUGAAAAUUACAGGCCUCUCAUCUUUUUAAGUGGGAGAACUUGCACAAUUGGUGGCUGACUAAAUACUUUUUUCCCCCACUGUAACUCUGACUGAAAAAUGCCCAUCAUUCACCUUUUAUGGUGACAAUAACGCCCUUAUUUGCUGUAUACUUUGGAAGUAUUGCAAUUAGGCCAAAACAGUAAAGGAAAUAAUAAUAUAAUAUGCCAUUUAGCAGACGCUUUUAUCCAAAGCGACUUACAGUCGUGAGCAUACAUUUUAACGUAUAGGUGGUCCCGGGGAUCGAACCCACUACCCUGGCGUUACAAGCGCCAUGCUCUACCAAUUGAGCUACAGAAGACCACUAUAAAUAGCCUAGUAACUUGAGCAAAUGUAUUUUGCAGGUGUUAGCAGAAUGUUUUCUUUUGCAGUGACAUUUGCUGUAUCUGACUGUUUCUGAAAGACAAAAACAAUUGCAAAUUAUUGUGGACCUGUAAAUAGAUCGUUUGAUUUUAAUAAUGUUUUGCAUUCACUUUUUUUCCUCAACCUAAAUAUGCUGCACUGCCCACGAGUUCUGAAACAUUGUCUACUCUGGAAAAAAAUGUAAACUACAGUAGGCCUACUUACAGUGGCAGCCUACACACUUCAAUGAAACAAAUCUACUGUCUAUCAACUGUAAAUUGACCUGUUCAAUUCUACUGUAUGUUUUAAACCAUGAUGCAUAGAGCAAAAACUUGAAAUUAUAAUGGCCUAUCUAAUAAGCCCAAUUAAAUGAGAUGUGCAUGGUAAUUUGUUUUAUGGCUACUUAUUAACUCAUGGACAGAAAAGGUGAGGAAUUUAUUCUGCAAUGGUUAUGAUAUAUCUAUUAGGUUUAUAAAUCAAAUAUUGUACACGAGAAAUGUGAUAUUACAGUAUUCAGAUGUAUCCUACAAACGUCAAUAAAAAAAAGUUGAACGGUCUAUUCUACUGUUAACCUGCGAAUAGCUUAUCUAUUUACUACUGUGAAGUGGCUCCAAUUAAAUGAUAGAUGGGACGAAUGGUAGCCUAUCCUAUCUGGUUGUAGGCCUAUAGGCUAUUUCGCAAGUAGCCUAUGAAACCAUCCCAGUCAGAAAAGGUGAGGAACUUAUUCUGCAAUGAUCAUGAAAAUGAAAUAAAUAACAGGAAAUAUAUGCCUAUUUCUAAUUAUUUUAGAAGGCACAGAUAAAAUUGGCUUGAAUCGAUUUUCGCUCUUCUCACUAAUGGCAAAUGAUUGCAUCUUGUUAUUAUAUUUAGGUACCUGUUUUUUUGUUAUGAAUAAAUCAUCAUAUAUUCCCAAUUGUCUCAAGGCUAAUACUAGGCUACUGUGCGUACGCAUGGUCUAAAGUUUGCGGGAGGAUAAACACAUUCUCACGUCUCCAACUUUUGCGUGAAAUCUGGGGCAUGCACGUUUUGUGGCAUAUUUUGUGUGUACGCAACGUUUAUAAAUGAGGCCCCUGGGCCUGUAGAAAUAUAAGCUAUUUCUAUGACUGGAGAAUAGCCAUGAGGACAGGAUUUGUUGCGAAGCUUGGGUCAAGCAGACACUAAAAUCAAACACAUGAUAGAGAACAAUCUUACAGACUACCGUAUUGUUGUGUAUUUUAUUGUGUAUAUGAAUGUGUAGUUUAAUGUGUUUAUUGUAUUUUGAUGUGUAUUGUGGUGCUACACAGGGCUCAUCUGGAAAAGAGACCUUGGUCUCAGCAUUGACUCGAUGUCAAAAUAAAGGUUAAAUAAAAAAUCUAUCAUCUGGCCUUUUAUAGCAUUAUAUUGUAUAAUUACAAUAUAUUAACCAGCCCACCUCUGUGUUUAGUGGAGGAGUGACUUUGUGAAUGGCUGGGUGAAGAUCGCCAGCACACAUGAGACUCAGGAGGAGUGCCUUGGCAUGGCUGUAUUGGACAUGAUGAGGAUAGCCAAGGAAAGACAAAUGUCUCCGCUGGAUAUCUACAAUUCCAUAAGGUGCAGAGGAAAGAUAAAUACAUGUCCAGUGGUUUUAACCUGGUAGUACUGGCUGACUGGGUGUCAGUUGUAGCUAGAGACAAAUGUCUCUGCUGGAUAUCUACAACAAUGCAAUAAGAUAGAGACAAACAGGCAGUCAGUUCUUAUUAUUAUCUCAUACUUAAGACAAUACUAUAAGUAGUAUGGCCAACAGAAUGACUUGAAAUGGUAAUGUAAAUUAUUUAUGUUCUAUUGUGUUGUCCUAGUAUCUUGGUAUUCUUCAGGUACCUAUUAUACUAACCUAUUCCAUAUGGCUUGACUUAUCCUAUUCUUCCCCCCUCUUACCUCAGCUACAAGUCCUUCUUGCCCAAGGACAUGAGGGCUCACAUCCAGGACUACAGCUUCGUGACCCGGAAGAGGAUCCGCUACCGCUUCAAGAAGUUCAUCCAGCAGUUCAGCCAGUGCCGGGCCACGGCACGUGACCUGAAGCUCAAAUACCUCAUCAACAUGGAGUCUCUGGAGCAGGCCUUCUACACUGAGCGCUUCCAGGUCAGGGAACCCUCGGCAGGGCAGGUCACCAUCAUCGUGACGGCAGAUCAUGGCAUCCAGUGGUGCAGAGACGGGCACAAAGACUCUGAGCAGGUACUCACAACAGUCCAGGUUGUUCAUGUUCACUUGUCUAAGGUGAAUUUACUGAAAUUUCAUAAUUAUCAGACUCACCACUGACUAUAUUUCCCUGAAAGUGAAAGGAUCAAGUACUGUAAAUUAGUACACUAUAGUUUGAGUGGAAUCUCGUACUUAGUGGGAACAUGAACAGGAUGUUUUACUCCUGUUUCCCUCAAAUAGCCUAUGAAAGAAUUUCAUACAGUAAUCACAGUGAUAUAGCUAGCUAGCUAGCUACAAAAUGUAUCCAAUAUUAUUUAGAUGUUUUCAUGCUGUUGUCAGGCGGGUUUUACUGUGAAGUUGAAUUUAGGGUGGUAAUGUCAUGCUAUUUUGUAGCUUUGGCCUGGCCGUUUUAUUCUUUCCUAAUCCACGGUUAGAGGUGUUAAUGUAUAAUUGAGUAAUUAAUGGGUUUAUGAGCUGUUACAGUAGGUCAACAGUGGCUUACAUUGCUAAUGGAAUCUAAUGCCAAUGGAUUACUUCAGAUUAGUCUGUGUUGUUUAACAAUUUAAAAUGUUCAAAGACUUAAUUUUCUCCAGUGAAGAUAGCAAAAGCAAAUACUGUACUUGGCUCAUUGCUGGCUUAGAACUAAUCGUGUCAUAACAUGUUCUGCUUCUUGGCACUAAAGGUUAUUCAAUCAACACAUUUGGCUCUGUUUUAGAAGAAUGAUAUCCUCUAGAUUGAGUCAAAUGACGUCUUGUUUUCCCACCUUUGUCCGAGCAGGACUUGCAGACCUACUGUGAUUUCCCAGAUGUUACUGACAUCAGUAUUAAACAGGCCAAUAAGGAAGGCUCGAUGGAGAGUCGAGUGGUUACCAUCAAUAAACAAGACGGCAAGACACUGGUAAGACUGACGUCAGCCUCUCACCUCCACAAGCCUUUCUUAAUAUUCACAUUGAAACAACCACAGUAUUGAAACCUCAUUCUAUCAACCCCAGUUUUUGUUGGAUUGGAUAAUUAUCUUGACAAUUGUAUUCUCAUCCUUUUUGCACUGUCUCAGGAGCUGGAGUUCAAUUGCCUAUCUGAGGCUCUGUCCUUUAUAUCGCUGAUCGAUGGCUACUAUCGUUUGACGACAGAUGCACACCACUACCUCUGCAAAGAAGUGGCACCCCCUGCACUGGUGGAGGCCAUUACCAGCCACUGUCAUGGUCCCAUUUCGUAAGUGAAGUUUGGAAACCUACCCUUAUAGAGCACUGUGCAUCAUCGGAUUUGUGAAUCAAUAACUUGCAGAGAUACAAUCUGUUCUUCUCCACAGAAUGGAUUUUGCAAUUAAUAGACUACAGAAAUCUGGGAACAAGCGGGGUCUGUACAUCCUGCGAUGCAGCCCUAAGGACUUUAACAAGUACUUUUUGACCUUCACCGUGGGGGUAUGUACUGUAUUUAAGUUAUCAUUUUAGUACAUAACGGAUUAAAAAAUGAAUUAAUGAAUUUUGCCAUAUUGGAAAACCUUUGUGUAGAAUAUAAGCGGUUUGAAACAUAUUUGACUAUCAUGUCCCUGGAACACUGAUUUGAUUAUAAUUUCUUGCUCUUGUGCUUUCCUUUAGGUAUACGAUGGCAUUGAGUACAAGCACUGCCAGAUCACUAAGGCUGCUAAUGGAGAGUUCAAUCUGAGUGGAACCAAAAGGAACUUCAGCAACCUCCAGGAAUUGCUGAGCUGCUACCAGAAGGAGACUGUGUGCUCUGAUGGCAUAAUUUUCCAGUUCAGCAAGUGUUGCCCACCCAAAUCCAAAGGUUACUGAGUUUAAAGACUCACUCACUAUUUUGGAAUUUUUCCUGAUGAAAAACAAUAUCCCAAGUAUAAAUACAGUAAUGUACGCACACUUAAGUGUAAGAAUAUAUGUUUUGAGCAAAAUAUUGUUUUUCUAGGAUAACUGCAAACUUCAAGGAGUAGGCCAUUCAAGGAGUUAGUCUGAUGAGAUGUCAUCGGCCUCCCCCUUGCUUGCCCACUUGUGCCAUGUCAUGUCAUACAUAGACCACCUAUUGAGAUGUGCCUUCUGUCAGUAAAUCGGGUGAUAAAUUAGUUGAAAAGGAGACUGGAGUGCCACCUUAAGUCUUGAUUUAUUGCCUCUAAAUCGGCAGAGAAGAUCUUUGACAUGUUGAGGCAUUGCUCCGCUUAAACUCAAUAUACUGGUUAAGGCUGAUUAUAUGGUCCUCUUGUUUUUCUUUGACAGACAAGUCCAGUUUACUGGUGUGCAGGAGUAACAAGGGCUCAGACGUGCCGCUCUCCCCCUCCCUACAGAGACGCAACAUCAGCCAAAUGGUGUUCCACAAAAUCAGGAAAGAGGACCUGGAAUAUGUAAGCAUUUCACGUUCAACACAGACACAGUCUUAUUUUCAUUCAUACAGCAAAAUUGUAGAUGUCAUCAUCUCACUGUUUAGUAUAGUUUUGGAUAACCAGCAUGCAGUGUGUUUCUUAUCAAUGAAAGACUCAGGAAUCCGUCCUCUUAUUGUUUUUAAACUAGCAGCUGUAACAUUGUCUUGUUUGUGUGUUUUUCAGACUGAGAGUCAAGGCCAAGGGACAUUCACAAAGAUCUUCAAAGGGGUCCGCAAGGAGCUGGGAGACUACGGGGAGAUGCACCAAACUGACGUCAUCAUGAAAGUCCUGGACAAGGCCCACAGGAACUACUCAGAGGUAAGAAACUAAGAUUAUAUACACAUAUCAGACAUUAAACCGUUUUCCUGAGUUGAUUGGCUAAAAGUAAAGUAGUUAAUCCUUCUAUCUACAAAGAAAGUAAGAGCAGGUGACUAAUUGCCUGUGUUAAUGUCUAUCAGGACUAUUGUCUUAAAUCAGUCAUUGUCUAUGGUGGAUUAUUAUGAAUGAUGACGGUGUUUAUUAAUGAUGAUUAUCUCUCUCCUUCUCUACAGUCUUUCUUUGAGGCGGCCAGCAUGAUGAGCCAGCUAUCCCACAAGCACCUGGUGCUGAACUACGGCGUGUGUGUGUGCGGGGAGGAGAGUGAGUCAAUCAGUCACCUUAUUGUCCCAGUUGGGAAAUGUAUACAACAGAUAAAGAAAGUGAAUGAGUGUGUCCCUCCAUCCAUACUACCAGCCUGCGUUAUAAGCUUAGGUUAUUAUCCUUUAAUGUCCACAACCCUGCUGUGACUGCUGAUACUCUGACCCGGUGUAAUAAUCUGUGUAACCUGAAGAAGAGACCAGAGCAGAGUGAAGGUGGGCUAUUCUUAGGGGGAUUACAAUACCGAGCUGUUUCAACAAAACCCUCUUACCUGACAAUUCUUAAUCUGCCAGCCUCAGUUCGCUAUGAGUGUUCGUCUGCUACCUUUAGAUUGGCCCUUGUUGUCUCUGGUAUGUAAUGUACUGCUGCAUGUGACUGGAGGACUGGAUUCGAUGAAAGCUGAUAUAGCAAUAUUUAUGCUUUAUUGCAAAAAGGUUCAUAAAUAGUGGCAUUCGAUUAAUCCUUCGGGACAUUGUGUUGUGUUUUGACCACUGUUAACUCUUACAGAUAUCAUGGUGCAGGAGUAUGUGAAGUUUGGCUCCCUGGACACAUACCUGAAGAAGAACAGAAACUCAAUCAACAUCUUGUGGAAGCUUGAAGUGGCCAAGCAGCUUGCCUGGGCCAUGCACUUUCUGGUAAGGCUGAACCCAACCUGUCGUACAGAAAUGGCUACUCAUUGAUAAAGGGACUCUACGGAUACUUAUACAUUCUCAGCAUUACAAGCCACAGACCGCACCAGUCCAUCAGUGCCUGCAGGACGUUUGUAAAUGUUUAGUUAGUUGGUGUGAUGCACAUCCCCUCCUGACUGUCCCAUUCCCUCCUGACUGUCCCCCCCCCUCCUGACUGUCCCCUCCCCUCCUGACUGUCCCAUCCCCUCCUGACUGUCCCCUCCCCUCCUGACUGUCCCCUCCUCUCCUGACUGUCCCCUCCCCUCCUGACUGUCCCCUCCCCUCCUGACUGUCCCCUCCACUCCUGACUGCCCCCUCCCCUCCUGACUGUUCCCUCCCCUCACUCCCGCAGGAGGAAAAGAACCUUGCUCACGGGAACGUCUGUGCCAAGAAUGUCCUGCUGAUCCGGGAAGAGGACCGGAAAACUGGGAAUCCCCCCUUCAUCAAGUUGAGUGACCCUGGUGUCAGCAUCACUGUCCUGCCCAAAGAUAGUGAGUUCCCUCCCUCUUCCUCUGAUACACAGGUGUUACCACUAGGCUGCCAGAAGGGGGCAACGUUUAUCCAUCAAAACUCAGUUGUGUGCACGAAGUUCCCCCAGCUAUGACCUGAGCCACACCUCCAGAAAUCAUUGAAUACCUCACAGUUUUUACAACCUUUCACAUUUUAAAAUAUUACAAUAUAGAUAUUAUAUUCAAAACAUAUUGUACUAUUUCAGAGUUAUGAUUAUUGAACACUAAAUGUUGUGUGAAUUGAUUAUCUAUUAAUGACAUAUUGUGGUCUGGCCCAGUUUUGGUUGAGCGAAUCCCCUGGGUGCCUCCUGAAUGUAUUGAGGAUCCUACCAACCUGAGCCUUGCAGCAGACAAGUGGAGCUUUGGCACAACGCUGUGGGAGAUCUGCAGUGGAGGGGAGAAACCACUGGCAACACUGGACAACUCUAAGGUAAGGAUCACAUCAGCUAUACCAGUAGGUUUUGUUUUAGAAAUAUCUAGCAAUAUGUUUACACUAAUGCAAUUUGAAAUGCAGUCCUACAACAAAGAAUCUCAAACUAACAUACCUCUGAUUCUUUGGUGCAGAAAAACCUAUUUUACGAGGACCGCCACCAGCUGCCUGCUCCUAAGUGGACUGAGCUUGCUAACCUGAUCACCAGCUGCAUGGACUAUGAGCCCACGUUCAGACCCUCUUUCAGGGUCAUCAUCAGGGACCUCAACAGCCUGUUCACGCCUGGUCAGUGCAUUGCUACAGUCAUUGCAGAGUAAAACUGGGUCUUACUGAUGGGUCGUAGGGUCUCUCCAUUGAAUUGAUUGUCUCAAGGAGGUCAUGAUUAUUAUAAUUGGCACACAUCUUGUUGUUAUAGGAAGAGGAAAUGAUGGGUAUGCUGGUGGCCAUAUUACCAGCCUAUAUUAUAUCCAGGCUGUUACUGGUGUUUGUUUUUUAGGUGGGCCAAGUGCUGCUAGGGACUUAAAAGAGAUGGGGAGAAUCCAAGCAGACAUGGAACAAAUACAAGUCUCUGCAAAAAUACUCUCAUUCCUGAAAAUGUCAGUGUGAUUUGACAUUGUGCUGUUUUUGCCCACAGAAUAUGAGCUGAUUGUGGAGAGUGACCUCCUGCCAAACAGAACAGCAGCGUCAGCGUGGGUCACUGGGGCGUUUGAGAACCAGGAUCCAGCUCAGUUUGAGGAGAGACACCUCAUCUUCCUACAGCAGUUAGGCAAGGUAAGGAACCACACUAUCACAGCCAAUGAUGGCCACAAGCUAAGGAAUCACACUCACUAUCAUGAACAAUGAUGACCACAGAUGACCAUUCAUGGUCUUUGAACAACACACACUGUUCUCGUUUGUAGAUGUGGAUGUUUCUGAUUCCGGCUCAAAGCGUUUCAUCAAGUAAUCAGCUGAUUUUAAUGUGAUCUCUUCUGCCCUACUUAAUCAUGUUGGUUUCUUCCAUCAGGGUAACUUUGGCAGUGUGGAGAUGUGCCGGUACGACCCACUCCAGGACAACACUGGGGAGGUCGUGGCUGUGAAGAAGCUUCAGCACAGCACGGCAGAGCACAUGCGGGACUUUGAGCGGGAGAUCGAGAUCCUCAAGUCUCUUCAGCAUGAGAACAUCGUCAAAUACAAAGGAGUGUGCUACAGUGCAGGUACAGUGUGACGUGUGAUUGGCUUGAUUCCUCGCCUCCUCUCCUCCUUUCCAAAAAGGUCAAAUUGAAAUUCCUCUCCUUCUCCACUAGUGCGUCAUCAGGCAAAUUAAGUUUACAGAGGAGGAAUCCCAAAAUACGUACGUAAAGUGGUAAGGUACAUCCAUAUAUAGAUCUAUACAUGGAUAAGUAGCAUACCAUUUUUAAAUAUGCAUGAUUUUCUCCUCCGAGGAAACAACAGCUGAUUCAAAGGGGGUGUGGUGGAUUUCAAAACAGUUCCGCAAUAGGAUACACCUGAGUAUCUUCGGCCGGAGGAGGCAAUCGAGAAGAGGUGCAAACUCCUCAGUUGACUUAACAAAUCACUCCUAUAUAUGGCCACAACUUAUCGGUUUCCGAGUCACGGAGGAGAGGAGGACGGAGGAGUCGAGAAGAGGACCUUUUUUUCUCCAAUUGAGAAUCUCCCCAUGUUUAAAGACUAAUACCAAUUUAAAGGGAUACUUUGGGAUUUUGGUAAUGAUGUGCUUUAUCUACUUCCCCAGAGUCAGAUUAACUCGUUGAUACCAUUUUUAUGUCUCUGUGUCCAGUAUGAAGGAAGUUGGAGGUACGGUAGUUGUGCUAGCCAAUGCUAACUAGCAUUAGCGCAAUGACUGGAAGUCUAUGGGUAUCUAUACUGAACAAAAAUAUAAACACAACAUGCAACAAUUUCAAUGAUAUUACUGAGUUACAGUAAAUAAUAAAGAAAUAAAUUCAUUAGGCAUGACUGGGCAGGGGCGCAGCCAUGGGUGGGCCUGGGAAGGCCCACCCACUGGGGAGCCAGGCCCAGUCAAUCAGAAUGUUUUUUUCCCCACAAAAGGGCUUUAUUACAGACAGAAAUACUCAGUUUCAUCUGCUGUCCUGGUGGCUGGUCUCAGACAAUCCCGCAGGUGAAGAAGCCGGAUGUGGAGGUCCUGGGCUGGCGUGGUUACACGUGGUCUGCGGUUGUGAGGCCGCUUGGACAUACUGCCAAAUUCUCUAAAAUGACGUUGGAGGCAGCUUAUGGUAGAGAAAUAAACAUUACAUUCUCUGGCAAUAUCUCCGGUGGACAUUCCUGCAGUCAGCAUGCCAAUUUCACACUCCCUCAAAACUUGAGACAUCUGUGGCAUUGUGUUGUGACAAAACUGCACAUUUUAGAGUGGCCUUUUAUUGUCCCCAGCACAAGGUGCACCUGUGUAAUGAUCAUGCUAUUUAAUCAGCUUCUUGAUAUGCCUCACCUGUCAGGUGGAUGGAUUAUCUUGGCAAAGGAGAAAUGCUCACUAACAGGGAUGUAAACGAAUUUGUGCACAAAAUUGGAGAGAAAUACGCUUUUUGUGCGUAUGGAACAUUUCUGGGAUCUUUUAUUUCAGCUCAUGAAACAUGGGACCAGCACUUUACAUGUUGCGUUUAUAUUUUUGUUCAGUGUACUAGCAUGCUAGCAGAUACCCAUAGACUUCCAGCCAUUGAGCUAAUGCCUCAUUGCCAAAAUCCCAAAGUAUCCCUUUAAGGCUCAAGUUUUAAUGUCACAUGCAGUGACAAGUACAGUGAAAUGCCUUUCUUGCAAACUCAAAACCCAACAAUGCAAUAAUCAAUAACAAUGUAAUACUAGAAAAAAGCACACGAGGAAUAAGAAAUAUGAAAUACACAAUAAAGUAAGUAUGCAUACUAUACUGUAUACAAUAAAUAUUUAAAAAGUCAGUUCUUAUACCAUAUUUACAUGUGCAGGGAUACUGGAGUGAUGGAGGUAGGUAUGUAUAGGGGUAAGGUGACUAGGUUACAGGAUACAGUGGGGAAAAAAAGUAUUUAGUCAGCCACCAAUUGUGCAAGUUCUCCCACUUAAAAAGAUGAGAGGCCUGUAAUUUUCAUCAUAGGUACACGUCAACUAUGACAGACAAAAUGAGGAAAAAAAAUCCAGAAAAUCACAUUGUAGGAUUUUUUAUUAAUUCAUUUGCAAAUUAUGGUGGAAAAUAAGUCUUUGGUCAAUAACAAAAGUUUCUCAAUACUUUGUUAUAUACCCUUUGUUGGCAAUGACACAGGUCAAACGUUUUCUGUAAGUCUUCACAAGGUUUUCACACACUGUUACUGGUAUUUUGGCCCAUUCCUCCAUGCAGAUCUCCUCUAGAGCAGUGAUGUUUUGGGGCUGUCGCUGGGCAACACGGACUUUCAACUCCCUCCAAAGAUUUUCUAUGGGGUUGAGAUCUGGAGACUGGCUAGGCCACUCCAGGACCUUGAAAUGCUUCUUACGAAGCCACUCCUUCGUUGCCCGGGCGGUGUGUUUGGGAUCAUUGUCAUGCUGAAAGACCCAGCCACGUUUCAUCUUUAAUGCCCUUGCUGAUGGAAGGAGGUUUUCACUCAAGAUCUCACGAUACAUGGCCCCAUUCAUUCUUUCCUUUACACGGAUCAGUCGUCCUGGUCCCUUUCCAGAAAAACAGCCCCAAAGCAUGAUGUUUCCACCCCCAUGCUUCACAGUAGGUAUGGUGUUCUUUGGAUGCAACUCAGCAUUCUUUGUCCUCCAAACACGACGAGUUGAGUUUUUACCCAAAAGUUAUAUUUUGGUUUCAUCUGACCAUAUGACAUUCUCCCAAUCCUCUUCUGGAUCAUCCAAAUGCACUCUAGCAAACUUCAGACGGGCCUGGAUAUGUACUGGCUUAAGCAGGGGGACACGUCUGGCACUGCAGGAUUUGAGUCCCUGGCGGCGUAGUGUGUGACUGAUGGUAGGCUUUGUUACUUUGGUCCCAGCUCACUGCAGGUCAUUCACUAGGUCCCCCCGUGUGGUUCUGGGAUCUUUGCUCACCGUUCUUGUGAUCAUUUUGACCCCACGGGGUGAGAUCUUGCGUGGAGCCCCAGAUCGAGGGAGAUUAUCAGUGGUCUUGUAUGUCUUCCAUUUCCUAAUAAUUGCUCCCACAGUUGAUUUCUUCAAACCAAGCUACUUACCUAUUGCAGAUUCAGUCUUCCCAGCCUGGUGCAGGUCUACAAUUUUGUUUCUGGUGUCCUUUGACAGCUCUUUGGUCUUGGCCAUAGUGGAGUUUGGAGUGUGACUGUUUGAGGUUGUGGACAGGUGUCUGUUAUACUGAUAACAAGUUCAAACAGGUGCCAUUAAUACAGGUAAGGAGUGGAGGACAGAGGAGCCUCUUAAAGAAGAAGUUACAGGUCUGUGAGAGCCAGAAAUAUUGCUUGUUUGUAGGUGACCAAAUACUUAUUUUCCACCAUAAUUUGCAAAUAAAUUCAUAAAAAAUCCUACAAUGUGAUUUUCUGGAUUUCUUUUCUCAAUUUGUCUGUCAUAGUUGACGUGUACCUAUGAUGAAAAUUACAGGCCUCUCUCAUCUUUUUAAGUUGGAGAACUUGCACAAUUGGUGGCUGACUAAAUACUUUUUUUCCCCACUGUAUAAGAUAAACAGAGUAGCAGCAGCUUGAAUGUGAGUGGGUGUGCGGGUGUGUAGAGUCAGUAUAAAUGUAUGAUCAUAUUAUGUGUGUGUGAGAAAUGAUGGAGUGAGUGUUUGUGUGUGUGUUCGAGUGACAGUGUGUGAGUGUGUAGGGCUCUGUGAGUGUGAAAAAGAACACUGAAAUAAAAGGUCAAUAAAGAUACAAGGUAAACUCAGUCUGUGUAACUAUUUUGUUAGCUAUUUAUCAGUCGUAUUUCUUGGGGAAAGAAGCUGUUCAAGAGGCUGUUGAUGUCAGACUUACUUAGAUGCACCGGUACCUCUUGCCAUGCGGCAGCAGAGAAAAUAGUCUAUGGCUUGGGUGGUUGGGGUCUUUGACGAUUUUGUUGCACACCGCCUGAUAUAAUAGUCUCCCGAGUGGCGCAGUGGUCUAAGGCAGUGCUAGCUGUGCCACUAGAGAUCCUGGUUCGUAUCCAGGCUCUGUCGUAGCCGGCCGCGACCGGGAGACCCAUUGGGCGGCGCAUAAUUGGCCCUGCGUCGUCCAGGGUAGGGGAGGGAAUGGCCGGCAGGGAUGUAGCUCACUUGAUAGAGCAUGGCAUUUGCAAUGCCAGGGUUGUGGGUUCAAUUCCCACGGGGGGCCAGUAUAAAAAAUAAAAUAAUGUAUGCACUCACUAAUUGUAAGUCGCUCUGGAUAAGAGCGUCUGCUAAAUUACUAAAAUGUAAAUGUAAAUAUAAAGGUCCUGGAUGGCAGGGAGCUCGGUCCCAGUGAUGUACUGGGCUGUCCGCACAACCCUCUGUAGCACCAUGCAUUCCAGGGCGGUGCUAUGGGCGGUGCUAUUGCCAUACCCAGCAGUGAUGCAGCCAGUCAAUUUGCUCUCAAUGGUACAGCUGUAGAACCUUUUCAGGAUUUGAGGGCCCAUGCCAAAAUUGUUCAACCUCCUGAGGGGGAAGAGGCACUGUCGUGCCUUCUUCACGUCUGCGUGUGUGUUUGGACCAUUUGAAGUCUUUAGGGAUUUGGACACCGAGGAACUUGAAGCGCUUGACCUGCUCCACUACCGCCCCGUCGAUGUAGAUGGGGGCGUGCUCGCUCCCCCUUUCCUGUGGUCCAUGAUCAGCUCCUUGGUCUUGCUGACGUUGAGGGAGAGGUUGUUGCUCCGGCACCACACUGCCAGGUCACUGACCACCUCCCUGUAGGCUGAUUCAUCGUCGGCUGUGAUCAGGCCUACCACCGUCGUGUCGUCAGCGGACUUGAUAAUGGUGUUAGAGUCAUGCGUGGCCACACAGGGAGUACAGGAGAGGACUAAGCACACGCCCCUGUGUUAAGGGUCAGCGUGGUGGAGGUGAUGUUGCCUACCCUCACCACCUGGGGUCGGCCCGUUAGGAAGUCCAGGAUCCAGUAACCUGUUUGCUUAUAAGUCCAGGAUCCAAUCAUUAGUAACCUGUUUGCUUAUAAAAAGAUAAGUCUAGAAUACUAUUGACGUGUGAACUCUGAGUCAGCAGGAAAGUUGGCAGUGUUUGUAUGUUCUCUGAAAGUCACAGAAGGUGAAUAGUAGUUGACCUGUAACUCCAAUAUAUCCUUUUAAUUCAGUCAGAAGACAAGACAAGUUCAGCUAGUUAUUCGUAGAAUCCUAAAUCAGUGCAGAGGUGAAUGUUUCUCUAUUUGUUUGUUGUCCUGUUCUGCAGGCCGGAGAAACCUGCGACUGAUCAUGGAAUACCUGCCCUAUGGGAGUCUGAGAGAUUACCUCAUCAAGAAUAAGCAGAGAAUAGACCACAUGAAACUGGUGCAUUAUACCGCUCAGAUAUGCAAGGUACUGAUAGUGACCAGAUAUGAAAGUAACAUUAACCUUUGAUUAUAAUUGUUUUACUCUUCCAUAUCCAGAUAUCUACCCUUAGCUGAUGCCUGAUGUUGAUACCAUAUGGUGAUAGUUCAUAGCAUUCUAAUAAACACUAAUACAGACUGAAACCUAGUGGUAAGUAAAGGUAAAGCAUGUAUGAGUUCUGAACGUUUUUGUCUUUGUUCUUUUGUGUGUGCAGGGUAUGGAGUACCUGGCAACCAAGCGCUACAUCCACAGAGAUCUGGCAACCCGGAACAUCCUGGUAGAGAGUGAGCUGAGGGUGAAGAUAGGGGACUUUGGCCUGAGCAAGGUCCUGCCCCAGGACAAGGAGUACUAUAUGGUCAAGGAGCCUGGAGAGAGCCCUAUCUUCUGGUUAGACACCUUUAGCAGUCCCUCCAGGAUUUGGCUGUCUUUUUUAGCAAAAUUAACAAUUCCCCGCUUAUUAUCCGAGUGCUUGCAAAUUGUAUCAAUCACCGCAUUAUUUCUGCAUAAAACAGUCAAAUCACUGCAAUGUUACAGCAUAAAACUGUCUGAUCACCGCAUUACAAAAAUAGGGCUUGCAAUGUUAUGUAAUCACAAAAGUUUACCGCAUACAAUGGUUCAAUCAAGCCACAAGCCAACCAACUUUUGCCCCGCUAGCGCAUUUUUGCGAUAAAUUGGACAGAAAUCAUUGAAUAUUGCAAAAUGUCAAAAUUGCAGCUGCAAAAUCAAGCAUUUUUGCCUGCAACAAUCCUGGAAGGGACUGUUUUAGUCUGUCACUGGCAGAAAGAACAGUUUUUAUUUUUGUAGUGACCGAUUAUAUUUCUUGAUGUGAACUUACAUAAUUGUUUAAAGUAGGUUUAGGCGGUUUACUGUAUUUUACUUUAUAAUGGUAUUGAGGCAUUCCUCCGCCAUUUCUCGCACAAUUAAUUUUACAGAUACAAAAAAAAAACAUGUAGAAUGAACUAAUUAUCUGCCAGCAUUUGUAAAAUUGUACCAAAACGUCCUGUUUCCAUCAAAGCUUUGUGAUGUUUUUUUUAUACAGUAUGCCUUUACUCGCAUAAAAACUGCGGAUGGAAACGUGGUUACAGAAGAAAAUAAGGGAAAGAGGCUUUUUGAUGAAAUAGACAAGGACAAAACAAACACGGCACAGUGUGGAAAUGAUAGCAAACGAGUGCAGGAAAUACAGAAAUGGAUGGAAAUGCUGAAAAUUAUUUUGGGUUGAAGUUGACUAAACAGUUUAAAACACGUGUCAAACUCAUUCCAUGGAGGGCCGAGUGUCUGCAGGUUUUAGCUCCUCCUACAUGAUAAAUGAAUUAGGGUCACUGAUUAGUUAGGAACUCCCCUCACCUGUUUGUCUAGGUCUUAAUUGGACACAAAUUGAAAGGAGAAACUAAAAACCAGCAGACACUUGGCCCUCCAUGGAUGAGUUUGACACCCCUGUUUUUAAAACAAUCAGAAUAGAGAAAGCCCCAUUAAAACCACUUAGAAUUUGUGUUGCCACCCUAGGGUCAUGCACUACUCAAAGCUUAUUUAUUCGAAAACAUACAACUGUCAAAUACCAUCAUACCGUCAAGAAUGUGGAAAAUAUGAUGAUAUGAUACUGUAUUUUGGCCAUAUCGCCCAGCCCUAGUUUAGAGUUCUAUGAACUGUGUUAGAUUUGUGCUUUAGGUUUCCUAUGCGGUGUAACUGGAAUUCCUAGUCAUCCUUUUUUGGAGAGAAAAAUAAGAGAGAUAUUUGGACACUUUUUUUGUGUUGUUGUGCAGGUAUGCCCCAGAGUCUCUGAUGGAGAGCAAGUUCUCUGUGGCUUCUGACAUCUGGAGCUUUGGCGUAGUGCUCUAUGAACUGUUCACCCACAGCGACAAGAACUGCAGCCCUCCUGCAGUAAGUUCAUCUGUCUCUAUCUCUCUGUCUUCCUUCUCUGAUUUUUUUUCUUCUCAAGUAUAGCUAAUAUGUUGUCUCAUGAAAUACUUGCUACUUGCAUACACGGCCAAGCCUACUGACCUCAGGCAAAGAUGGUAUAUAAUACAGCAUAUGGCCCCAUGGUGUCAAGGGGAACAUCAGGGUAAUUUUAACAGGCUACGUUAAGAUCACAUAGCCUGUUAAAACAAGCAGUAUUUUGGAACAUUCCCCAGAUUCUACUCUAGUCUAUGAUGCCCAAAAGCUAGAAAGGGCCAGAAAAAUAAGAAUAAGUUGCUCACACAGUAUACACAUGCUAUGUAUCAAGGUUGGAGCUACAGUGCCUUCAGAAAGUAUUCACACCCUUUUACUUUUUCCAUAUUUUGUUGUGUUACAGCCUGAAUUAAAAAUAAAAAAAUAGAUUUUGUGUCAUUGAUCUACACACAAUACCCCAUAAUGUCAAAGUGGAAUUGUGUUUGUACAACAUUUUAGAAAUUCAUAAAAAAUGAAAAGCUGUAAGUAUGAAAAGCUGUAACUAAAAGUAUUCAACCCCUUUGUUAUGGCAAGCCUAAAGUUCAGGAGUAGAAAUGUGCUUAACAAAUCACAUAAUAUGUUGCAUGGACUCACUCUGUGUUCAAUAAUAGUGGUUAACAUGAGUUUUGAAUGACUACCCCAUAUUUGUACCCCACACAUGCAAUUAUCUGUAAGGUCCCUCAAUUGAGUAGUGAAUUUCAAGCACAGAUUCAACCACAAAGACCAGGGAGGUUUUUCAAUGCCUCGCAAAGAAGGGCACCUAUUGGUAGAUGUGUAAAAAAAAAAAAAAAAAAAAAAAACGGACGCUGAAUUGCCCUUUGAGCAUGGUGAAGUUAUUAAUUGGGCUUUGGGUGGUGUAUCAAUUCACCCAGUCACUACAAAGAUACAGGCAUCCUUCCUAACUCAGUUGCCGGAGAGGAAGGAAACUGCUCAGGGAUUUCACCAUGAGGCCAAUGGUGAUUUUAAAACAGUUACAGAAUUUAAUGGUUGUGAUAUGAGAAAAAUUAGGAUGGCUCAACAACAUUUUGUUACUCCACAAUACUAACUUAAAUGACAGAGUGAAAAGAAGGAAGCCUGUACAGAAUACAAAUAUUCCAAAACAUCCAUCCUGUUUGCAACAAGGCACUUAAGUAAUACUGCAAAAAAUGUGGCAACUCAAUUAUUUUUUUGUCCUGAAUACAAGGUGUUAUGUUAGGGGCAAAUUCAUCACUGAGUACCACUUCAUAUUUUCAAGCAUGGUGGUGGCAGCAUCAUGUUAUUGGUAUGCUUGUCAUGGCAAGGACUAGGGAGUUGUUUUGGAUAGAAAGAAUACAGCUAAGCAUGGGCAAAAUCCUUGAGGAAAACCUGGUUCAGUCUAAUUAAUUCCAACAGACACUGGGAGACAAAUUCACCUUUCAGCAGGACAAUAACCUAAAACACAAGGCCAAAUCUACACUGGAGUUGCUUACCUAGACAACAUUUAAUGUUCCUGAGUGGCCAAGUUACAGUUUUGAUUUAAAUCGACUUGAAAAUGGCUUUCUAGCAAUGAUUAACAACCAACUUGACAGAGCUUAAAGAAUUGUAAUAUUGUACAAUCCAGGUGUGCAAAGCUCUUAGAGACUUACCCAAAAAGACUCACAGCUGUAAUUGCUGCCAAAGGUGUUUCUAACAUGUAUUGUCUCAGGGGGGUGAAUACUUAUCUAAUCAAGAUAUGUGUUUUAUUUUUCAUAACUUUCUAAUAAAUAUUAGCAUUAUUUUUCUCAUUUUGGCAUUAGAGUAUUUUGUGUAGAUCGUUGACCAAAAAUUACAAUUAAAUCCAUUUUAAUCCUAAUUUGUAACACAACAAAAUAAUAAAAAAUUCAAGGGGUGUGAGUAAUUUUGAAGGCACUGUAUGUUAAGGCACAUUGUCACAGACUCUACUUGAGUUUACUUGUAUACGCAAGAGCCUGCACAUAGUGGAACGUAUACUGUAUGUGUGCAAUAGAGAUCUAAAAAAAACUGCAUACAGUCUGUUGGGGAAUGUCUCUAUAACUUGGCACAUCUAGCCACUGGGAUCUUUGCCCAUUCUUCAAGGAAAACUGCUCCAGCUCCUUCAAGUUGGAUGGGUUCUGCUGGUGUACAGCAAUCUUUAAGUCAUACCACAUAUUCUCAAUUGGAUUGAGGUCUGGGCUUUGACUAGGCCAUUCCAAGAGAUUUAAAUGUUUCCACUUAAACCACUUGAGUGUUGCUUUAGCAGUAUGCUUAGGUUCAUUGUCCUGCUGGAAGGUGAACCUCUGUCCCAGUCUCAAAUCUCUGGAUGACUGAAACAGGUUUCCCUCAAGAAUUUCCCUGUAUUUAGGGCCAUCCAUCAUUCCUUCAAUUCUGACCAGUUUCCUGGUCCCUGCAGAUGAAAAACAUUCUCGGGGUGAUGAGAGGUGUUGGGUUUGCGCCAGACAUUUUCCUUGAUGGCCAAAAAGCUCAAUUUUAGUCUAAUCUGACCAGAGUACCUUCUUCCAUAUUUUUGGGGAGUCUCCCACAUGCCUUUUGGCGAACACCAAACGUGUUUGCUUCUUUUUUUCUUUAAGCAAUGGCUUUUUUCUGGCCACUCUUCCGUAAAGCCCAGCUCUGUGGCGUGUACGGCUUAAAGUGCUCCUAUGGAUAGAUACUCCAAUCUCCGCUGUGGAGAUUUGCAGCUCCUUCAGGGUUAUCUUUGGUCUCUUUGUUGCCUCUGAUUAAUGCCCUCCUUGCCUGGGCUGUGUUUUGGUGGGCGGCCCUCUCAUGGCAGGUUUGUUGUGGUGCCAUAUUCUUUCCAUUUUUUAAUAAUGGAUUUAAUGGUGCUCCGUGGGAUGUUCAAAGUUUCGAAUAUUUUUUUAUAACCCAACCCUGAUCUGUACUUCUCCACAACUUUGUCCCUGACCUGUUUGGAGAGCUCCUUGGUCUUCAUGGUGCCGCUUGCUUGGUGGUGCCCCUUGCUUAGUGGUGUUGCAGACUCUGGGGCCUUUCAGAACAGGUGUAUAUAUACUGAGAUCAUGUGACACUUAGAUUGCACACAGGUGGACUUUAUUUAACUAAUUAUGUGACUUCUGAAGGUAAUUGGUUGCACCAGAUCUUAUUUAGGGGCUUCAUAGCAAAGGGGGUGAAUACAUAUGCACGUACCACUUUUCCGUUAUUUAUUUUUUAGAAUCUUUUAAACAAGUAAUUUUUUUCAUUUCACUUCACCAAUUUGAACUAUUUUGUGUAUGUCCAUUACAUGAAAUCCAAAUAAAAAUCAAUUUAAAUUACAGGUUGUAAUGCAACAAAAUAGGAAAAACGCCAAGGGGGAUGAAUACUUUUGCAAGGCACUGUACUUGUUUGAUCAUUUGUGGUUCACACCUGACCAACCAUCCUUUCUCCACAUCCUCAGAUGUUUAUGGGCAUGAUGGGUAAUGACAAGCAGGGCCAGCUGAUUGUCUAUCAUCUCACUGAGCUCCUCAAGUCAGGCAGCAGGCUGCCUCAACCUGUGGGCUGUCCCAUGGAGGUAAGGGCUGGGUUCCGGUCGUUAUGUCAAUUUUUUAUAUUGCAUUGUUCAGUCUUUAUGGUGCAUUUAUCUUCCUUAAUGAUGCAGUGUCAUAACAUGUAUAAAAGCGGGGUUGCGGUUUCCACAGUUAACACAGUAGUACCUUAACUGAGCAAUGUGACUGAAUGGUGCCAUGUUUAUGUUACAAUCAGAUUCCACUGAAUACAUACCAUAGGAAGGCUACCAGUUGUGACCAUCCUAAAUAAACAUGUUUUUGCUUCUCUCUCUUGUUCUCUCAGAUGCAUGAGAUAAUGCAGGAAUGCUGGGACAAAGACCCAUGCUUGCGGCCCUCCUUCAAGGAGCUGGCCCUGCGUGUCGACCUGUUCCGUGACAGCAAGGAGACGUAGACAAAGACCCUAAGUGCCCCUCUUCUAAGAGACUGUUUUUCUGCAUUCAUUUAGCUGCCGUGUGGGUGUGUGUGUGAGAG